UUAUUUUUUAAGCUAUUUUGAUUCUUGUGUUCUUUUGGAAUUCUCGAUUAUUGUGAUAUAGUGAUGGAAAUAUUGUGUUCUUUUUUCUCCUUCCCUUUUGCGGGUUCUUGGUUGGUGGGAGAGUGAAGUAAUGAUUGAUAAUUUAUGGUUAAGUAUUCAGGUAACUAAGAGAGAAAGGGAUUAGUGAAAAUUUGGAGAUCUUCAUGAAAGAGUUUAUUGAAGUAUCAGAUGGAGUUUCUUGGAUGAUUAAAUAGUGAAGUGAAGAUAAGAUAAUUUAUGAUUAAAUUGUUUGAUGAAUAAUGGAGGUUUCUUUUUAUCAUUUCUGUAAGUAACCUAGUUGUUUGGUAGCUGAGAAAGUGCGGGAAAGGGGAGAAAAAUUGGUUUGAUUUUGGAGAAAUGAUGUUAUCUUUUUUCCUUGAUUUGUAUUCCUGGAGUGUUUAUGUUAUAGAGCAGUUGAAAAGAUGAGAGCAGCGGUGGCUCGUACUAAUUUAGAUGUGUUAUCUGUGAAUGGAAAUAAAGAAAUUGGUUUUGUUUUGAUGAAGUGGCAUUUGAUUUUUAUAUGGCUCUGGAAACAUGUUUGAGUGAUCCGGUUUUAAUUUCAGGUUCUGUAUGUGUGUAUUGAUUUUUUUAGCAUGUUUAAUUAGAAAAUUUGGAAAAAUAAAAUGAUUGGGGUAGGGGGUUCAAUUAAGUUGGAGGAUGUCCUAUGUUUAAACCUUUCCUAGUGAACGAUUUUUGAUGAUCUUCGCUUAUAACAUGAAGAACUGGAAUUAAAUCUCAUGUUUCAUUUGUUUGCUGAGAGCGGUGGAUGAAAAAAUGCAACCAAGAAUGUGAAGACUUUUUUCUUUAUUUGGAAACAGAGCUGCUAUUUCCCCCACCUUUUCUAAGUUAAGUUAAUUAGGCUUGUUGCCAUAUUUGAUGAAUUAUAGUACUUUUCGGCGAAAACAAGAGCAGCAUCAACAAUAUGACUAAAAUUCCUUCCAUCUCUUCUUGUGUCAGUUUCCUGCUACUAAUUGGAGGUUUAAAAUGUUCUUGUUUGAAAAAAAGAAAAAGAAAAAGAAAAAGAAAAAGAAUAAGAAAAUAUUAGUUGCAUCACCUGAGGUUUGAAUUAGCGGAAGAGUGUGCUGAUGAUGAUGAAGCAAAGCUAGCAAUCUCCGAGUUGAGGAAGGGUGUCUUAGAGGAGCUGAAGAUGCACAAUUCAUUUGUACAGGAAUGGGGUAUAGACCCAGGUAAAGAGGGGACUAUCAAUUCUGCUACUGUAAAAUACACAGAUUUCUUGUUGGCUACAGCUUCUGGGAAGGUUGAAGGAGUGAAAGGUCUUGGUAAACUUGCAACUCCUUUUGAAAGAACAAAAGUUGCAGCCUAUACUCUGGGUGCCAUGACACCUUGCAUGCGGCUGUAUUCCUUUCUAGGCAAGGAACUCCAGGCAGUUUUAGAUCCGGAGGAAGAUGGGCACCCUUACAAGAAGUGGAUUGACAGUUAUUCGUCUGAGAGUUUUCAGGCAUCAGCUCUGCAAACUGAAGACUUGCUGGAUAAACUUAGUGUCUCCUUGACAGGCGAGGAGCUUGACAUCAUUGAAAAGCUUUAUCACCAGGCCAUGAAACUUGAAAUAGAAUUCUUCCUUGCUCAGCCAAUUGCUCAGACAACUUUAGCUCCCCUGACAAAAGGGCAUAACCCUGAAGAAGACCGGCUUGUCAUAUUUUCUGAUUUUGAUUUGACAUGCACUGUUGUUGACUCUUCUGCCAUUUUGGCAGAAAUUGCAAUACUAACAGCACCAAAAUCUGAUGUGGUUCAACCUGAGACUCAAAUUGCUCGAAUGUCAUCAGCUGAUCUGAGGAACACAUGGGGUCUUCUUUCUGGACAGUACACGGAAGAGUAUGAACAAUGUAUUGAAAGCAUUAUGCCAUCUGCAAAAGUGGAAUUCAACUAUGAAGCUCUUUGUAAAGCACUUGAACAACUUUCAGACUUUGAGCGAAGGGCAAAUUCUAGAGUGAUUGAUUCUGGAGUUCUCAAAGGUUUGAAUCUUGAAGAUGUAAAACGAGCGGGUGAACGUUUGAUUCUUCAGGAUGGUUGCAUUGGUUUCUUUCAGAAAAUUGUGAAGAAUGAAAAUUUGAACACUAAUGUCCAUGUGCUCUCAUACUGCUGGUGUGGUGAUCUCAUCAGAUCAGCUUUCUCCUCAGGGGGUUUGGAUGCUCUAAAUAUUCAUGCAAAUGAGUUAAUUUUUGAAGAAUCAAUCUCCACGGGAGAGAUUGUUAAAAAGGUGGAAUCUCCCAUGGACAAAGCUCAAGCUUUCAAUGACAUUUUAAAGAAUUACAGCAGUGACAGAAAGAACUUGACUGUUUACAUUGGAGAUUCAGUUGGUGACUUGCUUUGUCUACUUCAGGCAGAUAUUGGUAUUGUAGUUGGAUCUAGUGCAAGCUUAAGGAGCGUGGGAAGUCAAUAUGGUGUUUCUUUUGUACCACUGUUCCCUGGCUUGGUAAGAAAACAGAAAGAAUCUGAUGGAGAAUCUCCUAAUUGGAAAGGGCUAUCUGGCAUACUAUAUACAGUCUCCAGUUGGUCAGAAAUACAUGCCUUCAUUUUGGGGUGGUAGAAUCAUUUUUGCUCGCUCACUCCUGCGUUUUAGUUAGGAGAAAUCAAGGAAAUAUUUGUUACUUAAUGGAACACCAAUACAAGAUGAUGGCCUAUUUUAUUAGGGGCCCACAUAUCUGCCGCUGUUUGGCCUUUUUUCCCUUCUUUCCACAGGUCUUCUGAUAAAAAAUGUAAUGAAUUCUGUUGGCUGGAUAAUGCUGUGAACUUGGUAUUUACAA